AUGGUCAAUGAGAAUACGAGGAUGUACAUUCCAGAGGAAAACCACCAAGGUUCCAACUAUGGGAGCCCACGCCCCGCCCAUGCCAACAUGAAUGCCAAUGCGGCCGCGGGACUGGCCCCUGAGCACAUCCCCACCCCGGGGGCCGCCCUGUCCUGGCAGGCGGCCAUCGAUGCAGCCCGGCAGGCUAAGCUGAUGGGCAGCGCUGGCAACGCGACCAUCUCCACAGUCAGCUCCACGCAGCGGAAGCGGCAGCAAUACGGGAAGCCCAAGAAGCAGGGCAGCACCACGGCCACACGCCCGCCCCGAGCCCUGCUCUGCCUGACCCUGAAGAACCCCAUCCGGAGGGCCUGCAUCAGCAUUGUCGAAUGGAAAUAUCCUUUACCAUUUGAAAUAAUUAUUUUACUGACUAUUUUUGCCAAUUGUGUGGCCUUAGCGAUCUAUAUUCCCUUUCCAGAAGAUGAUUCCAACGCCACUAAUUCCAACCUGGAACGAGUGGAAUAUCUCUUUCUCAUAAUUUUUACGGUGGAAGCAUUUUUAAAAGUCAUCGCCUAUGGACUCCUGUUUCACCCCAAUGCCUACCUCCGCAACGGCUGGAAUCUGCUCGAUUUUAUCAUUGUGGUUGUGGGGCUUUUUAGUGCAAUUUUAGAACAAGCAACCAAAGCAGACGGGGCAAAUGCUCUCGGAGGGAAAGGGGCCGGAUUUGAUGUGAAAGCGCUGAGGGCCUUCCGCGUGCUGCGACCCCUGCGGCUGGUGUCCGGAGUCCCAAGUCUCCAGGUGGUCCUGAAUUCCAUCAUCAAGGCCAUGGUCCCCCUGCUGCACAUCGCCCUGCUCGUGCUGUUUGUCAUCAUCAUCUACGCCAUCAUCGGCCUGGAGCUCUUCAUGGGGAAGAUGCACAAGACCUGCUACAACCAGGAGGGCAUAGCAGAUGUUCCAGCAGAAGAUGACCCUUCCCCUUGUGCGCUGGAAACAGGCCAUGGGCGGCAGUGCCAGAACGGCACGGUGUGCAAGCCCGGCUGGGAUGGUCCCAAGCACGGCAUCACCAACUUUGACAACUUUGCCUUCGCCAUGCUCACGGUGUUCCAGUGCAUCACCAUGGAGGGCUGGACGGACGUGCUGUACUGGGUCAAUGAUGCCGUAGGAAGGGACUGGCCCUGGAUCUAUUUUGUUACACUAAUCAUCAUAGGGUCAUUUUUUGUACUUAACUUGGUUCUCGGUGUGCUUAGCGGAGAGUUUUCCAAAGAGAGGGAGAAGGCCAAGGCCCGGGGAGAUUUCCAGAAGCUGCGGGAGAAGCAGCAGCUAGAAGAGGAUCUCAAAGGCUACCUGGACUGGAUCACUCAGGCCGAAGACAUCGAUCCCGAGAACGAGGACGAAGGCAUGGAUGAGGAGAAGCCCCGAAACAUGAGCAUGCCCACCAGUGAGACCGAGUCCGUCAACACCGAAAACGUGGCUGGAGGUGACAUCGAGGGAGAAAACUGCGGGGCCAGGCUGGCCCACCGGAUCUCCAAGUCAAAGUUCAGCCGCUACUGGCGCCGGUGGAACCGGUUCUGCAGAAGAAAGUGCCGUGCCGCAGUCAAGUCUAAUGUCUUCUACUGGCUGGUGAUUUUCCUGGUGUUCCUCAACACUCUCACCAUUGCCUCUGAGCACUACAACCAGCCCCACUGGCUCACAGAAGUCCAAGACACGGCGAACAAGGCCCUGCUGGCCCUGUUCACGGCAGAGAUGCUCCUGAAGAUGUACAGCCUGGGCCUGCAGGCCUACUUCGUGUCCCUCUUCAACCGCUUUGACUGCUUCGUCGUGUGUGGCGGCAUCCUGGAGACCAUCCUGGUGGAGACCAAGAUCAUGUCCCCCCUGGGCAUCUCCGUGCUCAGAUGUGUCCGGUUGCUGAGGAUAUUCAAGAUCACGAGGUACUGGAACUCCUUGAGCAACCUGGUGGCAUCCUUGCUGAACUCUGUGCGCUCCAUCGCCUCCCUGCUCCUUCUCCUCUUCCUCUUCAUCAUCAUCUUCUCCCUCCUGGGGAUGCAGCUCUUUGGAGGAAAGUUCAACUUUGAUGAGAUGCAGACCCGGAGGAGCACAUUUGAUAACUUCCCCCAGUCCCUCCUCACUGUGUUUCAGAUCCUGACCGGGGAGGACUGGAAUUCGGUGAUGUAUGAUGGGAUCAUGGCUUAUGGCGGCCCCUCUUUUCCAGGGAUGUUAGUCUGUAUUUACUUCAUCAUCCUCUUCAUCUGUGGAAACUAUAUCCUACUGAAUGUGUUCUUGGCCAUUGCUGUGGACAACCUGGCUGACGCCGAGAGCCUCACAUCUGCCCAAAAGGAGGAGGAAGAGGAGAAGGAGAGAAAGAAGCUGGCCAGGACUGCCAGCCCAGAGAAGAAACAAGAGAUGGUAGAGAAGCCGGCAGUGGAGGAAUCCAAGGAGGAGAAGAUUGAGCUGAAAUCCAUCACGGCUGACGGAGAGUCUCCACCCACCACCAAGAUCAACAUGGAUGACCUCCAGCCUAAUGAAAAUGAGGAUAAGAGCCCCUACCCCAACCCAGAAACUACAGGAGAAGAGGAUGAGGAGGAGCCAGAGAUGCCUGUCGGCCCUCGCCCACGACCACUCUCUGAGCUUCACCUUAAGGAAAAGGCAGUGCCCAUGCCAGAAGCCAGCGCGUUUUUCAUCUUCAGCUCUAACAACAGGUUUCGCCUCCAGUGCCACCGCAUUGUCAACGACACGAUCUUCACCAACCUGAUCCUCUUCUUCAUUCUGCUCAGCAGCAUUUCCCUGGCUGCUGAGGACCCGGUCCAGCACACCUCCUUCAGGAACCAUAUUCUGUUUUAUUUUGAUAUUGUUUUUACCACCAUUUUCACCAUUGAAAUUGCUCUGAAGAUCCUAGGCAAUGCAGACUAUGUCUUCACUAGUAUCUUUACAUUAGAAAUUAUCCUUAAGAUGACGGCUUAUGGGGCAUUUCUGCACAAGGGCUCUUUCUGCCGGAACUACUUCAACAUCCUGGACCUGCUGGUGGUCAGCGUGUCCCUCAUCUCCUUCGGCAUCCAGUCCAGUGCAAUCAAUGUCGUGAAGAUCUUGCGAGUCCUGCGAGUACUCCGGCCCCUGAGGGCUAUCAACAGGGCCAAGGGGCUAAAGCAUGUGGUUCAGUGUGUGUUUGUCGCUAUCCGGACCAUCGGGAACAUCGUGAUUGUCACCACCCUGCUGCAGUUCAUGUUCGCCUGCAUCGGGGUCCAGCUCUUCAAGGGAAAGCUGUACACCUGUUCAGACAGUUCCAAGCAGACAGAGGCGGAAUGCAAGGGCAACUACAUCACGUACAAAGACGGGGAGGUUGACCACCCCAUCAUCCAACCCCGCAGCUGGGAGAACAGCAAGUUUGACUUUGACAAUGUUCUGGCAGCCAUGAUGGCCCUCUUCACCGUCUCCACCUUCGAAGGGUGGCCAGAGCUGCUGUACCGCUCCAUCGACUCCCACACCGAAGACAGGGGUCCCAUCUACAACUACCGCGUGGAGAUCUCCAUCUUCUUCAUCAUCUACAUCAUCAUCAUCGCCUUCUUCAUGAUGAACAUCUUUGUGGGCUUCGUCAUUGUCACCUUCCAGGAGCAGGGGGAGCAGGAGUACAAGAACUGUGAGCUGGACAAGAACCAGCGACAGUGUGUGGAAUACGCCCUCAAGGCCCGGCCCCUGCGGAGGUAUAUCCCCAAGAACCAGCACCAGUACAAAGUGUGGUACGUGGUCAACUCCACCUACUUCGAGUACCUGAUGUUCGUCCUCAUCCUGCUCAACACCAUCUGCCUGGCCAUGCAGCACUACGGCCAGAGCUGCCUGUUCAAAAUCGCCAUGAACAUCCUCAACAUGCUCUUCACCGGUCUCUUCACCGUGGAGAUGAUCCUGAAGCUCAUUGCCUUCAAACCCAAGGGUUACUUUAGUGAUCCCUGGAAUGUUUUUGACUUCCUCAUCGUAAUUGGCAGCAUAAUUGACGUCAUUCUCAGUGAGACUAAUCACUAUUUCUGUGAUGCAUGGAAUACAUUUGACGCCUUGAUUGUUGUGGGUAGCAUUGUUGAUAUAGCAAUCACCGAGGUAAACCCAGCUGAACAUACCCAAUGCUCUCCCUCUAUGAACGCAGAGGAAAACUCGCGCAUCUCCAUCACCUUCUUCCGCCUAUUCCGGGUCAUGCGCCUGGUGAAGCUGCUGAGCCGCGGGGAGGGCAUCCGGACGCUGCUGUGGACCUUCAUCAAGUCCUUCCAGGCCCUGCCCUAUGUGGCUCUCCUGAUCGUGAUGCUGUUCUUCAUCUAUGCGGUGAUCGGGAUGCAGGUGUUUGGGAAAAUUGCCCUGAAUGAUACCACAGAGAUCAACCGGAACAACAACUUUCAGACCUUCCCCCAGGCCGUGCUGCUCCUCUUCAGGUGUGCCACCGGGGAGGCCUGGCAGGACAUCAUGCUGGCCUGCAUGCCAGGCAAGAAGUGUGCCCCGGAGUCCGAGCCCAGCAACAGCACGGAGGGUGAAACACCCUGUGGCAGCAGCUUUGCCGUCUUCUACUUCAUCAGCUUCUACAUGCUCUGUGCCUUCCUGAUCAUCAACCUCUUUGUAGCUGUCAUCAUGGACAACUUUGACUACCUGACAAGAGACUGGUCCAUCCUCGGUCCCCACCACCUGGAUGAGUUUAAAAGAAUCUGGGCCGAGUAUGACCCUGAAGCCAAGGGUCGUAUCAAACACCUGGAUGUGGUGACCCUCCUCCGGCGGAUUCAGCCCCCACUGGGUUUUGGGAAGUUGUGCCCUCACCGCGUGGCUUGCAAACGCCUGGUCUCCAUGAACAUGCCUCUGAACAGCGACGGGACAGUCAUGUUCAAUGCCACCCUGUUUGCCCUGGUCAGGACAGCCCUGAGGAUCAAAACAGAAGGGAACCUCGAACAGGCCAAUGAGGAGCUGCGGGCCAUCAUCAAGAAGAUCUGGAAGCGGACCAGCAUGAAGCUGCUGGACCAGGUGGUGCCCCCUGCGGGCGAGGGAACCUUUCAGAGAACUCCAGACCUUUCCAAAGAUGGCUGUGAGAAGGGGGCGAUGUGCCCUUCCCCACCUGCCACCCACCGACUGCCCUCCAUGCCUUCAUCCCUCCUGGAUGGGCAAGUGGAUUCUUCCAUGAGAGGGCAGCCCAGCCCCCAGUUCACACACAGACAAACCUUCCGGAGGGUCAACUGGCUGGGUGGAGGAUGCCAGGGCCCUGGAGGGACAGGCCUUGGCCCGAGGCUGUGGCUGGCUGGGUGGAGGAUGCCAGGGCCCUGGAGGGACAGGCCUUGGCCCGAGGCUGUGGCUGGCUGGGUGGAGGAUGCCAGGGCCCUGGAGGGACAGGCCUUGGCCCGAGGCUAUGACUGGCUGGCGAGCUUGGAGAAAAGGGAGCACGAUCCUCACCAUCCUCCGCUUGGGUUCCAGGCUGGCUUGCGCACACUGCAUGACAUCGGGCCUGAGAUCCGACGGGCCAUCUCUGGAGAUCUCACCGCUGAGGAGGAGCUGGACAAGGCCAUGAAGGAGGCUGUGUCCGCUGCUUCUGAAGAUGACAUCUUCAGGAGGGCCGGUGGCCUGUUCGGCAACCACGUCAGCUACUACCAAAGUGACAGCCGGAGCGCCUUCCCCCAGACCUUCACCACUCAGCGCCCGCUGCACAUCAACAAGGCGGGCAGCAGCCAGGGCGACACUGAGUCGCCGUCCCACGAGAAGCUGGUGGACUCCACCUUCACCCCCAGCAGCUACUCGUCCACCGGCUCCAACGCCAACAUCAACAACGCCAACAACACCGCCCUGGGUCGCCUCCCUCGCCCCGCUGGCUACCCCAGCACGGUCAGCACUGUGGAGGGCCAUGGGCCGCCUUUGUCCCCUGCCAUCCGGGUGCAGGAGGUGGCGUGGAAGCUCAGCUCCAACAGGGAAAGGCACGCCCUGGUGUGGGAGGGUCUGGAGCUCAGGAGGGAUUCAGGCUCAGCAGGGACUCAGGCUCACUGCCCUCUGCUCAGGAGAGCAAACUCCUCUAGGUGCCACUCCGGGGAGAGCCAGCCAGCCAUGGCGGGUCCGGAGGAGACGUGUCAGGAUGAGACCUGUGAAGUGAAGAUGAACCACGACACGGAGGCCUGCAGUGAGCCCAGCCUGCUCUCCACAGAGAUGCUGUCCUACCAGGAUGACGAAAAUCGGCAACUGACGCUCCCAGAGGAGGACAAGAGGGACAUCCGGCAAUCCCCAAAGAGGGGUUUCCUCCGCUCCGCCUCACUAGGUCGAAGGGCCUCCUUCCACCUGGAAUGUCUGAAGCGACAGAAGGACCGAGGGGGAGACAUCUCUCAGAAGACAGUCCUGCCCUUGCAUCUGGUCCAUCAUCAGGCAUUGGCAGUGGCAGGCCUGAGCCCCCUCCUCCAGAGAAGCCAUUCCCCUGCCUCAUUCCCCAGGCCUUUUGCCACCCCGCCGGCCACACCUGGCAGCCGAGGCUGGCCGCCACAGCCCAUCCCCACCCUGCGGCUGGAGGGCGCCGAGUCCAGUGAGAAACUCAACAGCAGCUUCCCGUCCAUCCACUGCGGCUCCUGGGCUGAGACCACCCCCGGGGGCGGGGACAGCAGCGCCACCCGGAGAGCCCGGCCCGUCUCCCUCAUGGUGCCCGGCCAGGCUGGGGCCCCGGGGAGGCAGUUCCACGGCAGUGCCAGCAGCCUGGUGGAAGCGGUCUUGAUUUCUGAAGGACUGGGGCAGUUCGCUCAAGAUCCCAAGUUCAUCGAGGUCACCACCCAGGAGCUGGCGGACGCCUGCGACAUGACCAUAGAGGAGAUGGAGAGCGCGGCCGACAACAUCCUCAGCGGGGGCGCCCCACAGAGCCCCAAUGGCGCCCUCUUACCCUUUGUGAACUGCAGGGACGCGGGGCAGGACCGAGCCGGGGGCGAAGAGGACGGGGGCUGUGCGCGCGCGCGGGGGCGCCUGAGCGAGGAGGAGCUCCAGGACAGCAGGGUCUACGUCAGCAGCCUGUAG